UCACGCAGUUCCGCCGCAUUCCCAACGAUGGAGUGCGAUAUCUGCCUGGAAGAGUUCGACUUGGUCGAGAGGCGGCCCAAGACGCUUCCCUGUGGACACUCCGUCUGCCGACAUUGUUCACACAGAAUGCACAAGCAGGUUUGCCCAGCCUGUCGCAAGGAAUUUUCGACGCCAGUUCUGUCACUGCCAGACAACUACGCCGUUCUCGAGUUAAUCGAGAAGAAACAGCGCUUGUCUCCCGGUGGAAGUUCCAUCCCACUUUCCAAGAUGCGCUGCCGGGACUGCAGCACGGUCGCCUCUGCGAAGUGCGUGGACCGAGGCCACGUCCUCCUCUCCCCCGGCAAGAAACGCCCCAAGACGAUCGUGCGCAGCGGCCUGCCGAGCGGCGUGCAGACCACUGCCGAGCAGGCCGAGAGGGUGGUGGAGAUGCUGCAGGGCGCCGCUCAGGCCGUGGAGAGCCAGCUGGUGGAGUGGAGGGCCAGCCUGAAGCAGGUGCAGGAGUCCGAGAGGGCCCUGCGGCACGCAGUGGAGCACGGAACCCUGGAGGAAAUCGAUGAACUGUGUGCUAACCUCGACCUGGAGCAGCUUGACCGACUGAAGGAGGCGGCCGGCCUGGUGGAGGCCAGUUGCGGGCUGCAGGCACAGCUGCAGGACAAGCUCGGCGACAAGUGGAAGGAGCUGAAGAAGGGAGACCCCGUGGAGCUGCUCAACGCACUGGUGCUGGACAUUCAUCAGCAAGGCAGCAACGAAAACUCUGAAAACAGAAAGGAGCCAGUCCCGCGGAAAGCGAAGCCAUCGGUACCGGCCGUUGGAGGGCGUAUUCAAGAGCUCGACUUGCACAACCUCAGCCAGACUGCUCCCAGCAAACGCACGGAGAAGAUAAACGUGUUGGCACGUUUGCGGCAGCGAGGGGUUCGGCGGCUGAUCAAGGUGCGGUGUGACCGCGACCCCGCCUGGAUCCUGGUCGUGUUGCGGAGCGCCGCCCCGACGCUGGAGGAGCUGUACAUGAAGAGCCCCUGCGCCGAGCACGUCCGGGAGGCGCACGCCAUGGCCGGGCUGCGGCGCCUGGAGCUGGAGUGCGACGGCUACCUGGACGCACGGCCCCCCGUCCUCCCGGACCUGCCGCAGGCCAGCCUCAAGUGGCUGCGUGCGGUUGGCCUUCCGCGGCCGACCCUGGUGUCGCUGCUGCGCGCCCACAGCGCCUCCCUGGACGACCUCUGGCUGCAGGUGGGCACCCCGGGGGGCGGCAAGUGGCCCUGGGCGUGCAACGACCUCGAGGCCCUCCUGGUGCAGAGCGGCCUGCACUCCUCGCGGAUCGUGCUCGUGAGGCUGUACGUGACUCACAGCACGGCGGACUGCCCCGCGCAGGUGGCGGCGGUGCGGGCCGCGCUGGGCUCCACAGUGCAGUGCACCGAGUGCCACAAGGUCAAGUGGGAGCGGUUCUAAGUGCCGGCGACAUUGUAAAUGGUGGAAGGCUGCACCAACAUGUUCACUGUCUCGCACUUGGCUUGGCAGUGUUAUGGUGGAGAUAUCCUCCAUAAUACCAACGAAAUUCGUCAAAAUAUCUACAAGGUACAAUGAAUUCUCGAUGGUAUAUUACAAAGUCAGCUGCAUCACCAUAAUAUGGAACAUUUUCACCAUAAUAUGGAGAAUCUUCUGUACAACAUUUAAAAAGGAGGCUGCACUGAUAAAGUUACAACGUAACUAUAAGCUUGAAUCAAGCAUGAAGUUACGCUUGAAGACGUCCCACGUGAAGUGAAGCAUACAAGAUAUUCCCCCAUGCGUUUAGAUAUGCGUGUAUACACGCCCAAUUUCCUUCUGAGAAAUACCGUGCUGUCAUAAAAUACUACUCAGUACUUCACGACACAAAUCUGUCCUAAUGCUGAGAAAUUUGAUCGUAAUAUGUUGAAACUGGUGACAAGU